CUGUAGCUUUUUCAAAUUUGCUAUGUAGAAGAAUUCUGCCGGUUGGUGCUGUAGGAGGCCGCAGAGGGAGCCAGCGAGCCAGGCAGCAAGCCUACUGUUUGGCGCUUCGCGCCCACGCAGACGGGGCGAUUUAACACAAGCACCCCCCCCCCGCCCGCCCAACUUUUCUUUUCUCCUCCACUCCCUCGCUCUCGACACCAGUUGACUGCUACCACCCCAUCACUACCAUCACUACCAGCCAUGGCCCGAACAACAAAGGACUCAGCAGGACCUCCUGCACCUGCAAAGACAGAACUUCUCAUAAGCCUGGAACAAUACUCGAAAACACGGGAGAACGUUAUUCUCGCCCUGUCCAACGUCCAGAAGGGCCUCACCCACGUUCAGAAUGGCCUCAACGGUCUGAUGAGCGCCUACAUCAACCACACCGCCUCUGUUCUUGCUGGUGAAUCCGGCGCUCUCGAGAAGCUCCCCGAAAGCGCCGUCGACAACGUCAACGCUGCUGUGGCCGCCGCGUCCUCGGCUGUCAACGACGUCAGCCAGACAAUCAUUGCUACCACCCCCGCCGCCGCCGCCACCACCCCAGCUCCUGCGCCCGAUGCUGCAAAGGCCAAGAAGCGCAAACGCGAAAAGAAGGAGAAGAAGGAGAAGGACCCCAAUGCGCCCAAGCGCCCACUCACCGCCGCCUUCCUCUUCGCCCAGUCUGCUCGCCCCGUCGUCAAGAGUGACAUGGAGUCUGAGCUGUCGGCUGGCCAGAAGUUGGAGCCCAACGCCGUCAACUUUGAAAUCAACAAGCGCUGGAACGAAAUGCCCGAGGAGGAGAAGGAGACUUGGAAAGCCUCGUAUCGUCAAUCCUUGAUGGAGUUCAAGGAGAAGACUGCGACCUAUCUAGCAAGCAAAGGUGCCGCUGCUGAUGUCGAGGAACUCCACGACGAUGGUGCAUCUGACGAAGCUGAAGCCGAGGCCGGAGCCGCCGAUUCGGACGCCGAAUCCGAGUCGGGCGACGAGGCCAACGCAGUAUCGCCUGUCGCGAAAGCCCCCAGCCCUCUCCCCGUCAACGGCAAGACCCCUCGUGCCAACAAGCGCCAGAAGACUGCCGCCGCCCCGGUCGCCGCUGCUCCAACCCCCGUGCCUCCGCCUCGUCAGGUCACCCAGAAAAAGAGGGGAGCCGCCGCCGCCGCCGAGGCCGAGGUAGCAGCAACGCCCGCCGAGGACGACAAGAAGAAGAGCAAGAGCGGCCGCAGCACUCGCAAUGCCGAGGUCGAGGCCGAGCCGGCCACGGUGGAGAAGGAGCCCAAGACCAAGUCUAAACGGGACCGCUCCAAGAGGAAGAGCGAGGCUGGCGCUGCUUGA